AGCGGCUAAGGAGAUAUGGAUUUGAGCUCGUUUGUCACGUCGCUUGCGACGUCUUUCGUGAUUUUUUUGUUUUUGAUGCUCUUGUUCGUAUUGCUUUCGAGAAAACAAGGCAACAGUGUUGUUUACUUUCCGAAUCGAAUUCUCAAAGGCUUGGAGCCAUGGGAAAGGUCGAGGUCGAAGAACCCAUUUGCUUGGAUUCGGGAAGCGUUGAGCUCCACAGAAGCAGAUAUCAUUUCUAUGUCCGGCGUCGAUACCGCCGUUUACUUUGUCUUCUUGAGUUCCGUUCUGAGCAUCUUGGUCUUAUCUGCCCUUGUGCUACUACCAGUUCUUCUGCCGGUUGCUGCAACCGACUAUACGUUGUCGAAAAAAAAUUCCACCAGUAAUGGAACCUUCAGCGAUUUUGAUAAGUUAUCCAUGGGAAACAUUGAAGUGAAGAGUCCGAGACUCUGGGCAUUCUUGAUUGGCACGUACUGGGUUUCUUUUGUAACAUUUUACAUAUUAUGGAAGGCAUAUAGACAUGUAUCUGAUUUGAGAGCCACAGCUUUAAUGUCUCCAGAAGUGAAACCUGAGCAAUUUGCUGUUCUCGUCAGAGACAUACCUCAGGUUCCUGAAGGCAAAACUCGUAAAGAACAGGUCGAUUCAUAUUUCAGGACAAUCCAUUCGGAAACAUUUUACAGAUCAAUGAUAGUCACUGACAACAAACAGGUCAACAAAAUAUGGGAAGAGUUGGAAGGAUAUAGAAAGAAGCUUGCCCAUGCUGAAGCCAUUUUCGCAGACUCAAAAAGAACAGGAACAUCAGAAGGAACAAGACCAGCAAGCAGAGUUGGCUUCCUUGGUCUUGCAGGAAAAAAAGUAGACACAAUUGAUUACUGCAAUGAGAAAAUUAAGGAACUGAUUCCAAAACUAGAGUCUGAGCAGAAGUCCACCACUAGAGAGAAGCAGCAAGCAGCAGCUAUUGUCUUCUUCAACAGCAGGCUGGCUGCAGCUUCUGCAGCUCAGGCUGUUCAUGCCCAGAUGCCAGACUCAUGGACAGUUACAGAAGCUCCUGAACCCCGUCAACUAAUAUGGAGUAAUUUGCCAAUUAAGUAUUAUGGGAGAACAAUACGACAAUGUAUUGUCUAUGUGGUUGUGGCUUUGGUUAUAUUUUUCUUCAUGAUUCCAAUUACGAUCAUCUCUGCAUUCACAACUCUAGACAAUCUAAAGAGGUUACUUCCAUUCUUGAAGUCUAUUGUUGACAUUGUCCAGAUUAAGACAGUAUUGGAAGCUUACCUACCUCAGAUUGCACUUAUAUUGUUCCUGGCCUUUUUACCAAAGUUUCUUAUGAUGUUCUCUAAGGCUGAAGGAAUCCCUUCUCAGGCUCAUGCUGAGAGAGCCAGCUCAGGGAAGUUUUUCUAUUUCACAGUGUUAAAUGUUUUUCUUGGAGUAACCGUCGGUGGGACCCUAUUUGGUACAUUGAAGACCAUAGAGAAAAAUCCGAACGACGCCAUUCCUAUUCUGGGUAAUGGUCUUCCUGCUAAUGCGGCCUUCUUUGUGACCUUUGUGGCAUUGAAGUUCUUUAUUGGCUAUGGGCUUGAGCUUUUCCGGUUGGUUCCUCUGAUCAUUUUCCAUUUAAAGAGGAAAUAUCUCUGUAAGACUGAAGCUGAGCUGAAAGAAGCCUGGGCUCCUGGGGAUUUUGGUUACGCUACGAGGAUUCCAAAUGAUAUGCUAAUCGUCACAAUUGUCCUCUGUUACUCUGUAAUAGCUCCUAUUAUCCUUCUGUUUGGUGUGGUAUACUUUGGUCUUGGAUGGCUUAUUCUGCGGAACCAGGCCCUAAAAGUGUAUGUUCCAUCAUAUGAGAGCUAUGGGCGCAUGUGGCCCCACAUGCAUUCACGUAUUCUUGCGGCUCUGAUCAUCUACCAAAUUACAAUGUUUGGCUUCUUUGGGAUUAAGGAAUUCGUUGCUACAGUUCUUUUGAUUCCGCUUCCCAUAUUCUCUUUCUUCUUCAGUUAUGUAUGUUCCAAGAAAUAUUACCGAUCAUUCAGCUCCACUCCUCUUGAGGUUGCCUGCCAGGAAUUGAAGGAGAUCCCUAACAUGGAAUCCAUCUACAGAGCGUUCAUCCCAGCAUGUUUGAGAUCAGAAAAGUUUGAUGAUGGUGACCAGUUUGAGGACGCUCUCGCUCAAUUGUCAAGAACAGGAUCAACCAUUUGAUGUAAAUACUUGAAAAACAUGUAUGUCCAUAUAAUACUGUGUUCCUUUUCUGUAGUAGAUCAUGGACCUUCAAUUGGCCUAAUUUGUUUUGUUGAUGAUUAGUUCUAGGAAUCAUUUCUUUCAGUCAUUUGUAGUGUCUAUAUAAAUGUUCAGAUCCCAGUAGUGUGAGAAGUUUCUGUCUACUUUGAGUUGUAAGUUUUCCUUCUUGUUGAUUAAUACCAGUCAUAUGUUUUAUUGUUUA